AUGUCGAGACAACAACAAAAUCAAGCUACCAUAAGGGCGGUACAAGAUUUGGGUAGACAACAAGCACAAGCUGGCCCUGCUAGUGCAAACACUAACAACACUAACUUAAUUGUGGAACAGUUUCGUCAUUACAAGCCCCCGACCUUUAAUGGGAUAACUGGCCCUUUAGCGGCCGAGGAAUGGAUAAGGGGUUUGGAACGAAUUUUCAAGCAUCUCUCUUGCACCGAUGCCCAAAAGGUUUUAUGUGCAGAGUUCAUGCUAGUUGAUGCAGCUGGCCACUGGUGGGAGUCCGUUUCACGGACUAGGACUAAGGCACAACAACGUAACCUCACCUGGGCACGAUUCAAAGAGGAAGAGAGGAAGUUCGAACAACUUUCUAGGUAUGCAGCGCAUCUAGUGAAUACAGAGCAAAAGAAAGCUAGAAGGUUUGAGCUCGGACUACGCCCAGAAAUUGGAGGAAUCAUAGCAUCUCAUGAAUUUACCACGUACAGUCAAGUUCUACAACGAGCGCAAGCAAUUGCAAAUCGACUAGAACUCGAUCAAACAACUCAAGAAAGUACUGAAUUUUCAGGAAAGAGGAAAUGGAAUGGGACGAACGAAGGUAAAGGAAAUGGACAAAAUAAGAGGGCUAGUUUUGAAAGGCGGUUAGAGUCAAACAAGCCGAAUAGUGUUCUUACUCCUUGUCCUAAGUGCAAUAAGGCUCAUAGAGGCGAGUGUUUGUAUGGAAAGAAUGUAUGCUAUCGAUGUGGAAAGCAAGGUCAUAUUGCUACCAAUUGUCAGGAACCCCCACCAAAGAGGGACAACGAUCAAAGCAAAAAGGGACCGGCUAGAGUCUUUGCUUUAACCCAACAAGAGGCAACUGAGAAUUAG